CCCACAAUCACAUCUCCUUGAGCCCCUGGACAACAACAACGUGUCAUCCGUCAUUUCCUCAAUUAUUAGAUAACAAUUCAAUAAUUUUCUUUAAUUUUAAAUGAAAAAUCAAUGGUUCAUCAAAUCCCAAUUCCUCAAGCUAAAUACGAGUUGUUGAAUGCGGUAAUUCCAAAGCACUCGAGGUGCAGCAGGCUUGUGUGUCUGACGUUGCCACUCCUGGUUAUCGGAUUUUUAUUUCUCAUCGGUGGUAUUUGGAUCGACGUCCAGGGAACUCUGGCCAGGAAUCACCAGGUGGUAUUCAGGGAGAAAUCAGGGACCUUUCGAGAUGCCAAGACUUUUGCGUGGACACGCAGGGCUAGGAUGUACGCCGAAUCGGCGAAGGAGAACCAAAAUGUUGACAGGAACUCAACCCUUGACGCAAUGCCGAACAUCUCACCCCACAGCCCCUCUGACCCGCUCGUCGUCUGCUACUACACAUUACCGAGAUUCCUGAACGCGUCGGGAGAUCUCCGUCCGUCGGACCUUGACCCUCGUAUUUGUACGCAUAUUAUCGUGGGUUUUGCGAGCGUGGUGAACAGCAGAUUGUCCCCAGGUCCCUUUCCCAGUAUCUACACCGAGAUAUCUGCCCUGAAGAAGCAAUUUCCGAAGCUCAAGACGAUGAUAUCAGCCGGUGGCAUCAACGAAAUUGACUCUGGCUUCCCCGAGAUGGUGAAGACCCACGCAAAUCGAAAGAUCUUCAUCAAUUCGAUCCUCAACAUCACCAGGAUGUACAACCUGGAUGGGCUCGACGUCGAUUGGGAAUUCCCUGCAUGGCUAGGGGGCAAGGAACGAGAGAGAAUUUAUUUCGUUCAGCUUCUGCAGGAGCUGAGACGAGCUUUUGACAAAAGUGGUAGAGAAUUAAUUCUCUCGGUAGCAGUUGCUGCACCUGCAGCAAUCAUCGACGAGAGCUACAAUGUACCCCAGAUCGCAGAACACGUGGACUUCAUCAACUUGAUGUCUUAUGAUUAUCAUUAUUAUGUAUGGUAUCUUCCAAUAACUGGGCUGAAUGCUCCUCUGUACGCUAAUCCCCUGGAGAUGGGAUACUCUGCUACCCUGAACGUCAAUUACUCGGCGUUUUACUGGAUCUCCAAGGGAAUGCCCCGGGAGAAAAUUGUGAUGGGCAUUCCCACGUAUGGCCACUCAUUCCAGCUGGAUAACGAGCAGAAUCACGGGAUAAUGGCACCUGCUAAGGGUUUUGGAAGCCUCGGGGAAAUGGGAUUUACCAAUUACCGAGAAGUUUGUGAGUUCAUCAGGAAAGGGGGCUCCAAAGUUUUUGAUGAGGACAGCAGAACUCCUUAUGCAUAUGGCAAGCAUGACUGGGUCAGCUUUGAUGAUCAAGUCAGCGUCAUGGAGAAGGUGGAAUGGAUUAAGCUGAACGGCUUCAGGGGAGCGAUGAUCCUCUCCCUGAAUACUGACGACUGGAAUGGCACGUGCCACGAUAACGAAACAUUCCCAUUGACGAGAGUUGUAGCGAAUAAUCUUCUGAGCUCUCGAGAAUUGCCUCUAGAUAAUUAAAAACAUAUUAUUGAUUGUUAAAGUUUUAGGCGAAUGACGAAGAGCUUUUGCCGAAUGUUACCAAAGAUCUUUCUCUAGGUAAUACGUAUACGAUACCUCGUUCAAUAGUUCCUGAUGAUUUCGAGUGAAUAAUUGCACUGUUGAGUAAAAGAUGAGGAAUUUUAAUUAAUUUAUCGCUGAGCAAAAACCAUUCCAGGGUGAAUAAUCACACAAAAAGCAUUGAUAUUAAACUAGUUUUAAUAACUUUCUCAUCAUGACAAUUCCAAAAA